GUUGCGCACAUGCUGCAGUUUCAGUUUGUUUUAUUCACCAUUUUGAGAAGCUCAAGGUACAAUUUAAACUAAAAUCGCGUUUUGAAAAGAAAUUCGUUCCCGUAUAUUUCGUUUUACGCAGUAGCUCGGGCGUUGGAACGUUUCGUUGCGCCCAUUGGAGUUGCAGAGCGGGACGAUUUCAUUUUUAUUUUCCUGGAUUUAUUUUCCCCUUUCUUACAUUCUUAACCUCUACAGUAUUUCUGCAAAAUGUCAAGACCAGUGAGGAACAAGAAGGUGGUGAAUUACUCACAAUUCCAGGAAUCUGAUGACGCAGAUGAGGAGUAUGGGAAGAACUCAGACAAGCCUAAGAAGCCUCGUGCGGCUCCUCGCGAGGUGAAGCGCAAGCGGUCAAAGAACUCGCAGGAGGACAGUGAGGAUUCUGAUGAAAAACUCUCCAAAUCCAAAAAUGAUUCAGCAGAUGACUUUGGCAGUGAUGAAGACAAUGACUUUGGAGAGGAAGAUGACGAGGAUGGAGGGAGCGACUACGAAGCUAAACAAGGCAAAAAGGGAAAGACAGCCAAGGUGGCAAAGCCCACUAAGAGGACACCCAAGAGAAAACGACCCGCAGAUGACAGUGAUGAGGAGGUGAGUCGUAAGGUGCGUACGGUGCGCCAGGCUGCCACCAAGGCUGUGUCUAAACAGAGAGAGAUCUUGCUGGGAGACGGAGGCAGUGAGGACGAGGAACGCGAAGACAAGGAGGAGGCCUUCGCAGACCCUGAUGAGUCGGGCAGUGAUGAAGACUUCAUGGUUGAGGAUGAUGAUGAUAGUGACUAUGGCCGCUCCAAGAACAAGAGGAGCAGCAAGAAGGUGAUCAAACGGAGCCGGCCAGAAAGGAAGGAAAAGAAAUCCCCCAAACCACGACUAAAGGCCACUGUGACCCCCAGCCCAAUGAAAGGAAAGGGUAAAGGUCGCCCCAGUGCUGCCAAGGCCCCGGAGAAGAGCUCGCCCAAAGAGGAGGAAGAGGAGGAGCCAGAGAGCCCUCUGGAGGAAGAGGAGGAGGAGGAGGUGGUGGUGAAGAAAGACUCCUCCCCCAGUCCCAAGAAAACGAAGGAGGCACCCGGGAAGGAGAAGGAGAAGAAGGAAAAGGAAGAUGAGGAGGAGGAGGAAGAGGAAGAGGAGGACGGAUCGGAAGAGGAUGUGCCCUCUGGGGAAGACUAGACCCACAGAAGUCCCACCUCUCUCUCUCUCUCUCUCCCCCCCCUCCCCUUCCCUCUCUCUUUACCUUCUCAAGUUUUUGUUUCUCUUGGUUUAGAGUUUAUUUUGGUUUCAUUGGUGGCCUGGCUCAAUGGUUUGAACCUCGUGCGGAUUUGUUGUUUAGUGUUUGUUGUUUAGUGUCUGGCUUCCCGUAAUGACUGACUGACUGAGGACAUCGUAUCUGUGUGCAUAAGAACAUGCAUACCAUAUGGCUGUGAGGGAUGGAAGGAAAGUACAAGUGAGAUUUUACUCCAUCUCUCUGAACAUGUCCCAUUCCUCCAUCACUGUCCCCUCUGCUCAGCCACACCUCUACUGGCACACCUCUCUUCUCUUUUUCAUCUCCCUCUCCGCAGUGACUGCAUUAGUCUUUCCUACACAAGUCUGUGUGAAGCUCAGAAAACGGUUCUUUAGGUUUUGUUAGUUUGCCUUUCUGAGAGCUCCGUGCUAGUGGACAUCUGUCCUCAACAGUCGAUUGAAGUGUGGAGUCACUCGUUUUCUUUCUGCAGGCUGAUGUGUGUGUAAGUGAGCCUUCUAUUAAAAAAAUAUAUAUAUAUAUAUAUUCUACCCAUCUUCUUUAUCUGCUGAGUUCUCCAUUCCCCUCCUCCCCAUGUAAUCUCUGGUCUGACAUGACUGGAUAGGUGAAAGCUAUGUAGUAUAACCCUUGCUUGACCUAUCCAGUAGUGUUAGAUCAGUGAUUGGGUUUGCCCUGGGUUUGUUCAGCCUGUCUGGGUUAGGGUUUCCAUCUCUAUCCUGGUUUCUCAGUGGACUGCUGUUGUCCAAUCAAAGCACUGUUUUUUUUUUUUAUUCACUGUGCCACAAUACCCAUUGGUUUAGUUACAGCCCAAUGCUGACUGAAUCAGAGAAGGCCACACUGGAGACUCGGAGGGAGGAUAUGUAAGUGUGUUAGAUUGUUCUCCCUUAGGUCCUGUGCCCACUCACCCCAUAGCGCUGUGCCGACACUGACAAAGCGCUUUUUAAACACUCAAACACAAUACGUUUUAAGGAAGGUUUUACGGUUAUUUUAAAUGUUAACUUUGAAUUAAUGCUGUUGUAUUUCCACCAACUCCGAAGUUAAGCUCUGGCCCUGUGUCAAAGACCUUCACUAUAACACAUACACAAAGCUUGUUUUGUUAUUGAAUAUGUAACUGUUCAGUCGUGCUUUGAGAUCAAUUGUUUUGAUUUUAUUAUAAAGCAAAUAGGCAGAAUAAUUGGCAUUGGACAAAUAACAGUCAGCGCACAUCCAACACAUUUUUACAUGAUAUUCAAUAUAACAGUACAUUCAUAGUACAAGGAACAGAGUUGAAGAUCACUUUGGAGUAGUAGUGUGUUAUUGUGCUUUAAACAGAGAGAUUGCUCUGAGCUGUAAACGGUUAAUUAUGUCUUGAGAGGGGGGGUUGUGGAAGCAGGUCCUAGAUCAGCCCUAAGAGUCUGUUUGCUGUGUGCUGGUACUACCAGUGUGUGGUUGUGAUGGAGCACACGCUCAGGGGGUUUGGUGUUUCCUCACCCUAGACCCUCUACCAUUGGUUUGUGGUUCUGAGAUUUUGGCUGUCUCUGCUGGGCAUGACACAAGCAUAAACCAUACACCCAUGCCAACACACACACUACCCUGGCAUGGCCAGAGCAUCCUUUCAUUGUUCAACCCUUUGUGCCAGGCAUCCACAAGCCUUUUUUAAUUGAAUCGAGAGUUGUUUUUUUGAGAGCCCCUAAAAUGAUUUUUGUUGUUACUUUGUUUCAAUUCUCUAUUCAGAUUUUUUGUAAUGUUUGUUUUUUUAAGAAAAUAAAUAAAAUGUAUCUUGAUUUUAAAAAGAAAAGUCGACCCUAUCCAUCUGUUUUUCUGCUGGGAGAGCAGACCCAGCAACUCCUUUCUGUUCCACUCUUCUCCUUUUCUCUCAUUCUAUCGCUCAUCUCACGCGCUCUCCCUCCUGCACUCAGCUCAUACUUACUCCUUCCCUCUCUCACACACACACGGCUCAUUCACCUCAGACAGAGAAGAAGUCAGGAUGUUGAUGUAGCCAACAGUGAUGCCGGCUUAUGUUUUGCUCUAUACCUCUGCUCUGCUCUACAACCAAUAAACACUAGCUGCAUUUCCCCUAUUCUGCCCUUCACAGAUCUGAUAGGACUGGAUAAGUGACAGCAAUAGAGCCCCACAGGGUGCCAUAAUACCCAGCGGUCAAACGGAAAUGGUUCCAAUUGUUUUUCCACCAUACAUUUUAGAAACACUUAAAAUAAGGGCUGUGUUUUGUUUAGGCUUACACUGGCGAUGUUUUG